AUGGACGCUAGCGGAAGUGCCCUUCCUGGGAGUGAAACGGAUGUACAGGGAACCGAGGGUUUGAACAGAGCGUCCGGGUGUCCUAUGGCAAAGCGUAGAAAAAUCGAUUGUGACGCGUUAAGCAGGAAAGGGAGUGAAUCCGAUGACGGAAACUCAACCGAUGCUACCCCUCAAGAGACCGGUGCUACGGAUAAUCUGCGUGAGUUCGACGUAUUGGAUGAAGUACAGUGUGAUAACUCAGAAGAUGACUCAGAAACGGGAGGUGGUGAGGCAGACGAUGGCAGCUCUGAGGGGUCAGACGUCAACUACGACGAUAUUGAAUCAAUGCUCGAUGAAGGACUUCCGGAAGAGCUAAGGAACACCGCCAAGAAGCAACCCUACGAAGAGCGCUUCAAGCAGGUGCUGGAGGAGAAGGGUCGCAAUCAUUUCGAAGUACUUCCGGAAGGUUGGGUUCAGGCAACACACACGAGCGGAAUGCCGCUGUACCUACACAAAGCUACACGCGUUUGUACCACAUCUAGGCCAUACUUUCUUGGACCGGGUAGUGUGAGAAAACACGAAAUACCACUAAGUGCGAUUCCCUGCCUGAACUAUCGUAAAGCACUUGAAAAGGAAGAGGAACUCAAAAAGGAACUUGCGGAAGCAUCCGUUGCACAAGCGUCCGCUUCGAAUGGAUCCGAAAACGGUAGUGAGAUACCGAAUGAAUUUGCCAAUGAAGGAGAUUUAACCAAAGAAACAACAGAACCCACUCAAGAGCGUCAACUACACAAUGCGCAGCUUAGCAAAAUGAUUGCAGGCGCUACAACCACCGCCGAAGCACAGGCAAAUGCAAAACUGCUCCCAUUGAAGGUGAGUGCCAAAAUCGAAACGGUAACCGAAAACCUCAAAGCCCAAUCGCUCACCUCGGACGCUGUGAUGGAUUACUGCAAGAAGCUGUUCCGCUUCAAAACGAUACGGGUGUUACGGUUUAAGUCGUGGGCAGCACGCCGAAAAUUUACCAAACAUAGGAAGCACAUAAAAAACUUGCAACGACCCACACUGCCGGACGGGACGAAAUUGAUAACGUUUCCCAUGUUGAACAUCGAGGACGAACAGGGCAAUCCACACGCACGGCCAAAGAAGGAAUGGAUCAUGAAUCCGAACGGUAAGAGCUAUGUUUGCAUCCUGCAUGAGUACGUCCAGCAUGCCCUCCGCAAGCAACCGACGUACGAAUUUAAAGAGCUAGAAAAUGCGGCCACGCCCUACGCAGCCACCGUUACGAUAAACGAUUUAAAAUACGGUAUGGGCUAUGGAACGAGUAAAAAGCAAGCUAAAAGUGAAGCAGCGCGAGAGACGCUCGAGAUUCUCAUCCCGGACAUGAAGGAUAAAAUAACGAGCAAGGAUUCGAAGAGCAGUACGAACGGAAGUGGCUCUCAACAGCAAUCUUCCGAUCUGCGCGAACUGUCCGUGUUUGACGAGAUCAAAAUUGAGGAUCCACGGGUGGCGGAAUUUUGCGCCAAAACUACGGAACCAUCACCGCAUGCCAUUCUGCUGACCUGCUUGCAACGUAACUUUGGACUUGGGGAAGUCCACAUCAACUACGAGGUGAACACGAUGAAGCACCGCAAGAACGAGUUCACCAUGACGGUGGGCAAACACGUGGCGACGGUUAUAUGUAAGAAUAAACGCGACGGUAAACAGCGUGCCUCACAGGCGAUCCUGCAGAUAUUGCAUCCGCACAUUAAAACAUGGGGCUCUCUGUUGCGGCUGUAUGGUAAUCGGUCGGUGAAGUCGUACAAGGAGAAAAAGCAAGAGGAGCAAGAGAUUACCGUGCUGCAGAGUAAGGCUGCCAUUAAUCAACCCAACUAUGCGAUUCUGGAGAAGCUCAAGCAAGAAAUGUCCAAGCUGGAGGAACGUCAGCGCAAUGUGCGGGUGAUCGGCAAGUUUGUACCACCCUCGGAUGUCGAUCUGCCGACCGGUGCUGGUGCUAAUCUAAAGAAUGUUGAUCUUUAG